AUGCUCAAGUCCACAUAUACCGCUCCUCCUCCUCUACCGCCCGGGUGGACCGAGCAUAAAGCUCCCACAGGCCACACAUACUACUACAACUCACAGACCAAGCAAUCUACAUAUACCAGACCGCAGCCGAUUAGCACAGAAACUUUCACUCCGGCGCCAGCUCCGAACCCCGUUGCCAAUGCCCCGUUUCUCACUCCAGAUACACUCCCUCCGUUUUCAUCAACACCAUAUGCGCCUCAGGGGUACGGUGCCUCGUCAUUCGGCGCGCCGGGCUACAAUCAACCUCGGGGUGGAUUCCGCGGCGGGAAAUCCUAUCACGACCGCCGCCGAGGACCCGAAGACAGGCCGAAAUCGAAACAUAACAUUCCUGGAUGCGAACCAUGGGUGCUUGUGAAGACCAAGCUGGGAAGACGAUUCGUUCAUAACCCGGAUACGAACGAGAGUUUCUGGAAGUUUCCGCAAGAGGUAUUGAAGGGAGUUGUCGAACUCGACCGUCUUGAGCGGGAGGCGAAAGAGCGACGAGAACGCGGUGAAACAGUCGAGGAAACCGAGAAAGCGCCAGUGGCUGGCGAUGAAGAUGAUUUCAAGCGCGAACCGGCUGGAACCGCAGCUGCUGAGGGUGCGGGCGCAGAAAGCGACGAGUACGAAGAAGUCGAGGUCACGGACAGUGAAGGAGAAGAGGAUCAUCCGUUCAAACGGCAAAGAACCACCAGCGAAGACAACCAACAACCUGUCGAGUUCACGGAAGAGGAUAUCGAAUAUCAAUUAGCGGCUAUGGGCGAAGAAUAUGGCCUUGAUCCUGGGGAAUACGGCGAGCCCGGAGAGGAAGGCUGGGAGGAGGGUGCUGAAGGGCUUCCGCUGACAGAUGAGGACGCCACAGCGCUAUUCCGUGAUCUCCUGGAUGAUUUCAACGUAAAUCCAUUCUCAACAUGGGAGAAUAUUGUUGAAGAGGGUCGCAUAAUAGAGGAUACCCGCUACACCGUCCUCCCAAACAUGAAAGCACGCCGUGAAGCAUUCUCUAGCUGGGGUCGAGAUCGCAUGCAUGAAAUCAGAGAGCGCAAGGCAAAGCAAGAGAAAAAGGACCCCCGCAUCAAAUAUCUCGCGUUUCUCCAGGAUCACGCGACACCCAAGCUAUACUGGCCGGAGUUCAAGCGGAAGUACAGGAAGGAGUCUGAGAUGAAAGACUCCCAACUACCGGAUAAGGACCGGGAGAAGUCAUACCGUGACCUCGUUUCUCGAAUGAAACUGCCCGAGAGCACUCGGAAAUCCGAUCUCUCUGCACUGCUCAAAUCAGUACCAUUACACGACUUGAACCGCUCGUCUAACCUCGAAGCCCUCCCAUCAGCCAUCAUAACCGACAUUAGAUACGUGGCAUUGUCUCCCAAAGUGCGCGACCCAUUAAUAGAGGCGUUCAUUUCCACUCUGCCUGGACCACCUGAAGAAGACAUAACGCCUGAGCAGAGGGAGGAAUUAGAGAAAAGGAGAGUAGAGCGUGAGAAGCGUGAAAUGGCUCUCGCAGAGCGACAAAAGCAGGUCCAGGAAGAUGAACGAAGACGGAAGGGCGAUCUCGCUCGCGGUAGGCAUCUAUUAGAGGAGGGCGAGGCAGAGAUUCAAGAGGCUAUGAGGUUUGGGAAGAGUGGAUUACGCAGUCAUCUAGAACCACAGAAUCCAGAACAGACCCAGCCGAUGGAUACGGAAUAG